CAGAACGAGUGUUUGAUGAUGCUUCGGGGGUAACUGCAGCGCCUGUGUUUCCCCGGGGCAGAGCUCUGGUCUCCUGGAGAUUGAGAUGAAGCAGGUAAACAGUGAGAGAGGUUAGUUAGCAGCAGACAGACAGAAGAGCAGCAUGGAGAGAGACACACAGAGCUCCAGGACAGAAGCAGAUCAAGAGAACGGCUCCAGUCUGUUCCACCGACGGCUGAAGCACCGCACAGAGACGAAGUUCCUGUUACACCGGCUGACUGUGAUUGGCCGUCUGUCGUGUGGAGCGGCUGACAGGAGAGCUGUGUUAGAUCACUACGAGAAGCUGAUUCUCAGUCUGCAGAGGAUCCGAGCGGGUGAAGACGUCACCGGUCUCCUGCUGCUUUACCCUCAGCACGUGCUGCUCGUCAUCGAGUGUUCGACUGAAGCUCUGCUGUCUGUCCUGCAAGACCUGCGACACAUGGAGGAGAACAGAAGCACCUCUCUGCCCCGCAGCGGUCCGAUCCUGGAGCCCCGAAUCCUGCUGGUGUCCCACGACCUUCCCAGAAGACUCUUCCAGCGCUGGAGCCACAAGCUUCUGGACGAGUCUGAGAGUCAGAGGACGCUGGUCUCAGACGAACUGAGCCCGGAGAGACUCGUGAGAGACACCCUUCAUCAGAUCCUGCGGCUCGGACGCCUCCUGCUCAACAGAACACAGCAGACCACGGGAUCUGAAGUGAUUGCGGAUGAAGUGCUGAAGGAGGCAUCGGAUGCGGUUCCUCCACAGGCCGCAGUGACUCGUCUGCUCCAGAUGGAGACGCUGUUGAGUCCCGCGCGCUACAUCAGCACCUACCACACACCGCUACACCUGCGCCUGGACUCAGGACAUGUUUUCGGGAGUUUUCGUCCCACCACAGUGUAGGUUUGGAUUUAGGGUCAGGAGAAUCUGUGUGGCCUGCAGGGGAACAUCUUCAGAUCGUUUGAACGAUUUUAAACAUUUAAACAUUUUUUUGAAGUUUUGGUAAUGACUGAAGGCUUUAAAUGCAAUGCAUUGAAUUUUUUUUGAAUGCAUUAAUUAAUGGACUUUAUAAUGCAUUGCAUUGUCUGAAUAAAUGAUCAUACUUAUCUAUUAAUUGUACACAGUAUAAUGCAUUAAAAUGUGACAAACAACCAAAA